CAGGGAUCCGUGUUGCUGCAGAUCAAUCACAGCGGGGGCGGACUCUAGAGGUGGCUGCUCUGAGUCUGCGCGACGCACGGAAUUCCCACGGUUCUGCAGUCACCGCGGCGAUCACCCACCCAGUCUUCUGAAGCGGACACUGUGGGUGCAGAAUGGCCUGGAAAGUGGCUGUGCUUCUCAGCCUAGUGCUGGGUGCUGGUGCCGCUCACAUCGGUGUGGAUGACCCUGAGGACGGCGGCAAGCACUGGGUGGUGAUUGUGGCGGGCUCCAAUGGCUGGUAUAAUUACCGACACCAGGCGGACGCAUGCCACGCCUACCAGAUCAUCCACCGGAACGGGAUUCCUGACGAGCAGAUCAUAGUGAUGAUGUAUGACGACAUCGCCAACAAUGAAGAAAACCCGACUCCAGGUGUUGUGAUCAACCGACCUAAUGGCACAGACGUGUACAAGGGAGUCCCGAAGGACUACACUGGAGAGGAUGUGACUCCAGAGAAUUUCCUCGCCGUGCUGAGAGGUGACGAAGAAGCUGUGAAGGGCAAAGGGUCCGGAAAAGUCUUGAAGAGUGGGCCCCGGGAUCAUGUAUUUGUUUACUUCACCGACCACGGAGCCACUGGAAUCCUGGUGUUUCCUAACGAAGAUCUUCAUGUCAAGGACCUGAAUAAGACUAUUUGCUACAUGUAUGAGCACAAAAUGUACCAGAAGAUGGUGUUCUACAUUGAAGCAUGUGAAUCCGGCUCCAUGAUGAACCACCUGCCCGAUGACAUCGAUGUUUAUGCAACCACUGCCGCCAACCCCAACGAGUCAUCUUACGCCUGCUACUAUGAUGAGGAGAGGAGCACUUACCUGGGUGACUGGUACAGCGUCAACUGGAUGGAAGACUCCGAUGUGGAGGAUCUGACCAAAGAGACGCUUCACAAGCAGUACCACCUGGUCAAGUCCCACACCAACACCAGCCACGUCAUGCAGUAUGGGAACAAAUCUAUCUCUACCAUGAAAGUGAUGCAGUUUCAAGGAAUGAAGCACAGAGCCAGUUCACCCAUCUCGCUGCCUCCAGUCACACACCUUGACCUCACCCCCAGCCCUGACGUGCCCCUGACCAUCCUGAAAAGGAAGCUGCUGAGAACCAACAACAUGAAGGAAUCCCAAGUUCUCAUCGGGCAGAUCCAGCACCUUCUGGAUGCCAGGCACAUCAUUGAGAAGUCUGUGCAAAAGAUCGUUUCCCUGCUGGCGGGAUUUGGGGAAACUGCUCAGAAACAUCUGUCAGAGAGAGCCAUGCUCACAGCACAUGACUGCCACCAGGAGGCGGUGACCCACUUCCGCACACACUGCUUUAACUGGCACUCGGUCACGUACGAGCAUGCCUUGAGGUAUUUGUAUGUGCUGGCCAACCUCUGUGAGAAGCCAUAUCCGAUUGACAGGAUAAAGAUGGCCAUGGACAAAGUGUGCCUUAGUCACUACUGAACAGCUCUCUUCCCGGUGCUUCUAGAAGAGUGAGCACAGUACACUGGAAUGUGAACCAACCGGAGUGAACCAAGCGGAGACCGGAAGGGCGGAGUCAGAGGCAGCACCUAAGCCCCGCCCCCAGGGAUACCACCCGCCCACCCCAGGGCUUGCUUUCUGAGGAUACCUGCUUACUAAGAAGCCAGUUUGGGUCUGGAGGAAGGAACUUUUGCUUCUUAGGAAUUUUUGUGUUUGUUUUGUUGUCCAUUAGCUUUCAAGAGCAGAUUCACUGCGGAUUCUGUAGCCAGUGAAGGAACCGGAGAAAUUCUCGAAGCUGAAACCUCUUGCCGCCUUCACAGUGAUUUUACCGAAGAGGGCAAAAGCAAGUCCCUACUGGAGAAUUAUUUUUAGAAUAUAUAAUUUUUGAUUGCUUUUAUAUUUUAUUCUGUAAUAAUGGAUGUCCUAAAACAAAUAAGUGAAGUGAGACAUUUGUUCCUGGA